CUUACUUUUCUUUGCUCUCAAAACAACUACAAAUUACAGCUUGUAUCACUGCGUUUCCCAGCGGGUAAUUUUGACAAUAAUUUAUACAGGAAUCUUCCUCAAUUAUAAAAUAUCAACUGCAAAGGAAGAUAGCACGUCGGAGGGACGUUAUUUCAAGUGAGAGCCUACCAUUGUUGUGUCAUAUCGAAAUUGGUUUUAAGGAGAGGGAAAACGGAAAUAGGCUACAGAUUUCCCUACAGAGUUUCGACAACUGAAUGUCUAACGACAACUUUCAGCCAGAAUUCAAGCUCUAUACUGGCUGUUGAUAUACUGUUGUUCUAGUCAAGAUGAGAGGAAAUCGAGGUGAAUGACAGCGACAUAAAAUGUCUCGGAAUUCGAGCAAGAGAAACAGUUCUAAUCGUGGAUCAACGGGAUCGGACACAGCUCGUUCAACACUGAAGGUUGUCCUUUCAAAUGGCGAUUCCAGAUCAGUGAAAUGUGGCGAAGCAACAGAUGUUAAGGUUGGUUUAUCCAUUUCGUUGUAUAUCCAGUCUUUUCGUGGCGGCAUUUUUGUGCUUUUUAUUGUUUUGAUUUUAGUAUUUAAUCGCACGAAAACUCUUCAGGAAUUCUUGGUGGGGUUUACAUAAAUUCAAUUGGUGCCUGGUGAGAGAUUGCCGAACCGUACCCAAUGAUUUUCAUCUUUUCUUUUUGUGUUGUUUUGUUUCUUUUUGGUUUUUCUGUACGCGUUUUACCGGUACUCUCUCAGCAAUGUUUUCUCUGUCUAAUCUGUGAUCAUAAUUUUCGUGGUUGAACAUUGUAACAAUUUUUUUUGCGACGGAUAUGGUUUGAUAUUUUAGCUGACCGUGCUCUAAAUUUAUUUUAGAAAAGUAACAAUUUAAAGAAAUAAUACUAGGAAAAGAUCUUUGGAUUAUCUGGUUCUAUCCUAACAAUCUUACUUUGCUCGAAACCAGUGUUUUAUUUUGGACUUCAACAAUGUGUUUUUUAUUACGAACCAUUAUCAUAAUGAACCCGUUUUCUUCAAAUGUAUUGAUGACGAUCCGAAAUACGAUAAAAUGUCAAGAACUAAAGAUCGUGCAGCAAAUAUAGAGGAUUCUUCUGUUGGAUUUGCGUCUUAACAACACGGAUUAAGUUUAACAACAGUUACUGUAAUGAAUACAAUGUUGGAGGUUAAUUCACUGUCAGUGAACAAUGUUCUUGUUCCGAGAUUUAGCCGGAUUGAAUAAUAUUUUUUUUCGAAUUCGUGUGCCAGGUACUUUAUGAUAUUGUUGAAAAUAAAUUUCUUUAGAAAGUACUUAAGGGUCAACUUAUAAGAUUCCAUCUCUUGAUCUUGUUUUGAUGUCCUUUUAAGAUUGUUUUUCAUUUCGUAAAAAGAAAAGUUAAUUUGAUCCAGAUCGUAAUGAUUUGAUUAGCAUGAUUGGCAAUUAGUUGAUCACUUUCCUUUUAUCCUUUAAUAAGAAUCCUGGUAAUUAGAUUUGUUGGGUUGUGGAGCUGUCUUUAUCACCUAGAAUCUUUUGCUUCGAUAUCCUUUAAAUUCCAAAAUUAUAUUCAUGCAAUGCAUAAAUAUUAUUUAGAUCACAUCAGCUUAGCAAAUACUACACAAGUAUGCAUUUUGCUACUCUGUAUGAGAUCUGUUUUCAUUUUUCAAUAAUUAUUCUAUUUAAAUUGGUUGAUUAAGGUACUACCAAAGUUUGGUUAGGGCUAGUUUUGAUUAGAGUAUGUAGGUUAUUACAUGUUUUCCAAUUUUGAAACUGGGUCAGAUUUUCUGUAGAUCUCCCUAAAUAUGAGAUUAAAAGCAAAGAAGUAUCCAAGGAGAGACAUAAUUUGUUCCCAAUGCAAGUUUUUGGCUUUGAGUAGCCAUCUGCAGUUAGUUAAUGUUGAAAUUAAUGUUUUGUUUUGCCUUACUCACCUGUACAAUGAAAUAUGUCAAAUUGCUGUAAACUGCCUUUUGAAAAUUGUUAUUUUUAUUGUACAAGUUUGCUUAACUUGUGGAAAGCUAGAAGUUCUGAUGCAAACAGAAUUUACUGGCUGCAAGACUUUAAAAUCUGGUUUUAAUUGCUGUCACUUGAAAAGUAAUUGAUCACUUAAGUCAUAAAUGAAUGAAAGUGCCAACAAUUAUUAUUAACUAGUCAAUAAUGGAAGAUUUGGAAUGUUCUAAAUCACAUGGGAUGAAAUAUAUGAUGAAAAAAGUCAUGCAUUUGUACCUCUAGCUCUAUCUCAAGUCAUGAGACAGUCAUUUUCUCUGUCCUGUGACCAAAUGUAUACCUUUGAAGCUGUCUUAGAGAAUUUGAUUAUGUCUCCUCAGUCAUUAAAUAUAGUAAUAGUCAUUUAUCACUGUCAAACCUCUGUAGUUAUUUAUUAUUUUAAUAUACUGUCUUAUGGGUGUUCAUGUUAUUUAAGCAAAAACUCACUUGUAGUAUUAAGCCUUUUUUAAAGGUAUAUUAAAAGGUACACAUUUUAGGAUUCAACAGCAACUGUAAUUGCUACUGUGGCCUUAAAAACUUCAGACUGGUCUGUGGGGUCUCUUGACCUUACGUCAGAAAGCUGAUUCCCUGCAAUUAAACACCUUCGAUUUAACCUUAAAUCUUUUGGCCAAAAAAAUGUGCACAUUGCUUUUGAUAGUGCUUCUACUUUUCAGUAGAAGUUGUAAUCUUGGUCUAACACCAAAUUAUUGAAUGUAAUUAGCCAGAAAAUGUGUAGCAGUUAGAGAGGAGAGUAAAUGAUCAGAUUUUGGGUGCCAAAGGGUUAAGGAGAAGUUCAAAUGCCAUUUCAGUUGCCACCUUUUAUCUUGUUUUUCCAUUAAUGUUUUAUGCAAAGCAUGGUCUUUUUUUCUAUUGAGAUAGACCUCAACUUUUCAUAUUUAUUUAAUUUUGCUAUUACUAUGUUAAAUUACAGUUACAAAUAAGAAGGAAGAGAAACAAAUGGCAAUGAGACCCUAAAAAAUUUUUCCAAAGCUGGUUAACAUAGGUUGCCCCACAUGAAAAGCAGAUUGAGUUAUUUUAGACAACAGAUGAAAGGGACAAUAUAUUGACAAGGAAAUUUGUAAUUUGUAAUUUAGAGUGCAAGAGACAAUGAGCAAGUGUUUCAGGAAAAAUGUUUUGGUUUAUGGCCAUCUGAAUUCUUUCAAAAUACAUGAUUGCAAAUGUUUGUGAAGCAGAACAAAUGGAAUUGCUGCAGGUUACUUGUAUCUUGCAGGAUCUUGGCUUAUAGCUGAGAGAUUUCCAAUUUUGUUUGGUAAGCAUCAUGCUAGUAUCAGCUUUGAAAAACUUAGAGUCUCAGCCUAAGGCCAAGAUCAGCUUAUAGCUGAAUUUCAUAACAUACCAAAUAGUUUGCAUUUGUCAACAUUUCAGGGAAUUGUUCAUUUGGUGAUUGGAAGUCUUGGUGCUGAUCCGAUAACUGCAGGAGACUACUAUGGCAUUAAACUUGAACAUGUCAAUACAAAUGAAUCCUUUUGGCUCAAUAGUAAGGUCACAAUGGGUGAGGUACGAGGCAAGCAUGAGGCUCUUUAUCCUGCAGAUGAGUGGAAGUAAGUCAGUGUUCUCCCCUAUUUAAGUUUAAAAAAGCAAAAUAACUUUUUAUGCAGUGAAAUGCAAUUUAACAGAGCUAACAACAAAGAGCAUUAAGGUUCUCUAGUAGUCAGCAGUUUUUUGCAUAUGUGCAUGCAUCUGAAUUCCAUGUGCUCUUCGUUUGGGGCAUUCUUGCAUGAGCUUUGAGCAUGAACUUGCAGUGUUAAGAGGAGUGCUAGCUCAUCAUCCGGGCAGUUUUCCCCACCCCUUCCCUCCCUCUUCCCACUGUUUAUUCAGUGUGACAGUUGCCUAUUUCCACUCAUGGCUGGGUUGCCAGGAUUUGCCAGCCACGGGAAAAGUCUCCAUCUAGGAGCUGGCUACAAAUAGUGGAAGCUCCUGGAUGUUUCAGGUACCCAACCUCCACUUAGUGAUGCAGUUGUUAAAAACUGGUAGAGCAAAUCUCUUACCUGUGCAAUUUUCAAGCACAGUACUUUUGGCAGAAAUAAGAGGUUCUACAGGCAGUAAAUUUUAUUGAUUACUACCUGAAAAGAAGGAAACUGAGUACUUAUUGGUGCAAGCAAGCUGUUGGUUUACAGAACAAAAUGGUGGCAGAAAAUAAUUGAUAAUAGACUGGUAUCCUGUUGAGGGGUACUUAAUGAUGUAGUAAUAAUUCUAUUUUACUACCACUACAGAAACUGUGAUAGUCAUGAGUAGGAAGUGACAUGUGCUUGUUAUUUAAAUUCAUCUUCAGGUACCAACUAAGAGUGCGAUAUUUUCCUAAAGAUUUGAAAGAGCUGUACACCAGAGACAAAGUUACUUUCUUUUAUUUAUUUGAUCAGGUAUGAGUACAGAUUUAGUUCUAUUAAUUGACAGUUUUUCAGUCAUCAUUUUAAAGGAUAUGUUGUCUUUGUAAUAGUUUUAAAUUAUAGGAUGAAAGCUCUCAUGAUAGCAAAGGCAGUUAUUCUUAGUAAUGGGAUUUUGAGUUAAACGACACUGUAUUUCUCUGUCCUUAAUUACUUUCAUUAUUAACAGUAAGGGAUCAGCAGACUUUUGAUGUUUUUAAGACAUGUAUCAGAAAACAAGAUCUAGAUAAGCUUAUCUGUACAAUGACUCCAGAAAUUGUGUCCGUCUAUUGCACCUCUUAGUAUGUAUAUAUUUGCUUCAAUUGAGUGUGUUUGUCUGUCAUAGGAUUAUAUAUAAUAGAACUUUGUACAUCAUCAGUUGAGUUAUUCUAAUUAUCCCUUUUAGUUUUUAUGUUAGUCCUUACUAAGCAAGUAUCCACUAUAUUUAUUGACAUAAAAAUGAAGUUAUUUGAGCUAGAUAAUAAUAUAUGAGAGUAAAGUAUUUGAUUGGCAGUUGCACUUAUUUUCUGGGUUUUUCUUUGGUUGUUAUUCUGUUUAUUUACUCUUAAAGAUCCACUGGCUCACUGGUUAUUAACUCUUUGUAACUGCAUGUAUUUAUUUAAUUAACCUUUAGUUAAUUUAUUUUUCUGUAGGUCAAGAAUGACUACCUCCAACACAACAGUGAAAAAGCAGAUGAAGACACUGCAUUUAGACUUGGAGUUCUGGAAAUGAGGUAAAAAAGAAAAUAAAAUCAUAGCUGUUAAUUUACUUCACUCUAGCUCUUUUGUAGUAGGGACUGGAAGAAACCAUGUCAGCAUUGGCAACAAGAAUGUUGUGAAGGAACAGAUUAAGAGUGACUGGCAUCUAAAUUCCCCAUACAAUGUCACCUCUGAAUCACACAUUAUUGUCACAGGAGUAAAGGAAAUGACUACCAACUAAAGAAAUUUUUUAUUGUUAAACAAAUUCUCCCUGCCAGCACCUUAAGAAAAGUAUGAUAACAGUAUGGAGAAUAAACAUACUGAUGUUGGCUUAAAAAUUGUUAUUUUUUUUCUGAACAGGAGGUAUUUUAAGGAUAUGCCUCAAAUAGCUCUUGACAAGAAAUCAAACUUUGAGUACAUUGAGUAAGUAAUGUCCUUUUAUCUCUUGACCAAUCAAACUUCUGUUGCCUCUUCUCUUUUUGCUUUUUUUUUAGUAUAGGUAAUACGUUACAUGAUUUUGAGUGCAAUGUGGUGUUAAUAAACACAAAAAAAUUUUUCAAAGACAACAAAACUGCAUGAGCCUGUAGGACUUGUGCCAUUUGCAGUCUUCGAAAAAAUUACCAAGUGCUUAGUUACACAAAAUUGUAUAAGAAAUCAUGUUGUUACUUGUUACUAAUUUACAUGGAAAAAAGCAUGAUAGAAAGUCAGGACAAACAAAAUUUUGACAGCACAUGCACUAUUUUCAAUUUGCACUCUGGUGUUACAACUUUGCACUGGUGUUACAAUAUUGCAUUUGUGUUACUUGAAAAAUGCACACAAUUUUUUCAUUAAUAUACAAUUUUUUCAUGUAUAUUACUAGAAAACAAAAUCAUGAUGGGGAUUUUUGAUCUUAUCAGAUUUGUUACCUCAUAUGUCCUCUUGAGAAGAAACUUAGUUUUGUCAGCAUGUGAUAUUAUUUUGGCGUAGUAUUCACUUCUCAGAUUUCUUUUUGGAAAUAAUGACUGAACUGCAAAAGACAUAUUCGCGAUAUGAAUUUUUGUCAGUGAUGACGCUGAACUAGUUAUUGAGUUGUCUUCAAAAUUAUGCUGAUUCUGUUGUUCAUCCAUGACUCUUCAAGGGAUCAGUUUUCAUCAGUUUCAUCUUUUUUUUUCUGUGACAUUUAGGAAAGAAGUUGGCUUGACCAAAUUCAUACCAAAGGCUGUUUUGGAAAACAUGAAGGUUAGUCUGUGUAACAAAUGUGUACAUGUAAAAGCUGUAUUUGUGUACCCUGUUGUCAUGAAACUGAAGGUUAACUAUUGUCAGAAAAUUUUUUUCUUGGGAUGCUUUUAUAUGUGACUGCAUGUGUCUACCCAUUUGCAAGGAAUGCUAAGUAAUACAAACUGUGGUACUCUAUCUUUUGUUAGGACAGUGCUAAGUCAUGCUUGUGAUUGGAGUGCAUAAUAGGACAGUCAAUGCACAUGUCUGAUAUAUGCAUGUAUGCAUACUGCUGUUAUGCAUUUUACCAAGAAGUUUAUUGAUUGAGAUUAUUGAAACCAUCUUACUGAUGACCAGUUUUUUCCUCAAAUGUUGCUUUAGUAUUGAUUAAUUAGUAACAGGACUUCAUGUCACCCAAUUCUGUCCUGUGAUCAUUUCUGUGUUAAACAAAGAGGAUGCCUUCUUCAUGGUCAUCCCAUUUUGUUAAUCACCCAUACGAUUACAGGCUAAAUUGGACUCCAGUCAGUCCUAUCUCCAUAGAGUACAAAUCACCAUAUAUGAUGUAACUGAUAUUUAGUGUUACUCAUAAUGUUGUUUCUUGUUUUUUUUUUAGUCCAAGCUUUUGCGGAAGACCAUCCAUGGUUAUUUUAAGCAGUAUGCACACUUGAGUGAAGUGGAAUGCUGUUACACUUUUUUUGAUAUUCUUUCCAAACUUCAUCGAUUUGAAUUGGAGUCUUUCAGAUGCUCCUUAGGGGUGAGUGAAGCCUCUGUUUCUUCAUCAGUUAUUUAAUGUUUUAAUAUCAGACAAAAUGUUGUGGGAAUUUGCUAUGGCAUAAUUGAUUGUGACUUGAAUGAAACAGUAGCAGAGGCCAAAAAUCCUUCCUCCUCCCUUAUAAAAGAAGUGCUAUGUAUAGUUGAUUUCCUGGCUUUGCAAUUGACUGUGCUCACCCCCUUAACCUACGAGUAAAGCUUCAGACAUGCCUUAUAUAAAACAAAUUUUUUAAUAGCAAGUCAGAUUUUAAAAAUUUUUUCAAUUUUCUUUUCCUUGAAGCAAGAUUGUCUUAACUUUUACAAACUUAGCUGGUAGAACUGCAUGCAGCUGCUAAUGCACUCUUUGGUAAAAUGGAACAGUGCACCUCUCUAUCCCACAACAUUAAAAAAAAGUGACAAAUUUCUUGUACCCAGUGCAAUUUACAAUCAUAAAGGGAUCAAUGAAAUAAAGGGUACCAGUAACCUUGUACAGCAAGGACCUAUUUGUUUGUUUUUGUUUUUUUUUGUGUGUGUAUGUGUGUUUGUUUGGUUAAAUUCAUAAAUUUCAUUUAUCCCUCUCAUGUUGUUUUUUGGUGUUAUGUUUGAUUGACAUCAAUUUAAUAUCAUUUUUGAUAAUUCAUUUCCUUUAGACUGGUUGGACAAUAGCAGUAGAUGUGGUUAUUGGGCCCAAAGAUGGAAUAAGUUACCGAGCUGAACGUGGAUCACUUGUGAGUACCUGUGUAUUUGAAACAGGAAGCUGCAAUAUGACUUGUUAUUAUUUGUUUAAAUGUUUACCUUAAUGAGUACUAAUCUACAACCUGAUAGUGUGGUUUUGGAAAAGUGCAUUCACUUCUUUCAGGGAGUUCUCACUGCAAUUUAAAGAAUUUAGAGGUGGCCAAUAUUAUUUUUAUUGAAUUAGGACAAUAGAUUUUUUUCGAGGUGGGCAUUUCUCAUGGGAAUUAUAUGUGGUUUGUGAGUGAACAGAUGUGUAGGAAAGUGAAUGUAUGUAUAGCAAAACCAAGUGGUGUGUUUUCAGUAAGGAUUUCAGUGAUGUAAUUAUUUCCUGUGGGUUUACUAUGGAAGCAUUAAACUUGUGUCUGUGUUUGAAUAUAUGGAACUGAUGUAAUUCUUUUGUGGUUGAAUGCCUCUAAAUACCUCUCGAAAACAAUUUUCAUAACUUAGCCCUUUUACUCCCAAGAUUUUCUUGUUAAUUCUCCCCUCCAGCUGCAACUCAUUACAGGAAUUUGGUGUUAGAUCAAGAUAACAACUUCUACCUGAUAAGUUUGAGUAUUCUCAGUGCCUGCUUGUUAAAUAAUGUAUAGUAGGGAGAAGUUCUAUGUUAAUCAAUCUUGGAAGUUAAAGGUUUCUGAUACGUUCCACCAUGAAAUGUCGACAUUAUGCAUGGUUGAUAUGAUUUUUAUUUACCAAUAAAUCAAUCAAUGAAUGAGCAAACAAUACCUUUCAGUAGUAUUACUAAAUGAAGUUGCUUUCAUCUGUUUCACUGCAGAUUACACACAUGGCUGAUUUCCAUCAAAUAACUUCAAUUUCAAUAACAAGAAUACCACUCAUCACAUCAUCUGUCCAGACUGAUAAACAAAAAGCUACUGUUAGUUUGAAAGUGUUAGGAGCUGCUGAGGUUUGUUAGGCUUUAUAAGCUGUGUUUGUAUUUUGCAAAUUUUUAUACAGUCAUGUAUGUGGGUUUUCUUAAUUUAAGCUGCAGUUACAGUAGAUUCCUUGAUGGGUUUAGAAGUUAGGAUGGAAAAUGUAUGAUGAUGAUUGGACAUAGUAAAGUCCAAUCUGGUUUUGAAUACGUAAUUACUGGCAAGCAUUUUUUUAUGGUUUUGUGGAGACAGGUUUUUGGUAGUCAAGUCCCUUUAAAGCUGACAUGCUUAUUUUUAACAGAGACAUUUAUCAGGGAAGUACUUGUUGCAAGAUUAUGUGCAGACAAGUUGUUCUUGUCAAGUGCCCUCAGCUAGAUUUCUUGUCAUUUCUAAUAAAUAGGGAAAAAUUUUCUCAAAGAGUGCAAUUGUCUAAAAUGAUCAUGCCUGUGUAAUGUUGGUUUUAUUUAAUCGAUUUCCAAAGUCUGUAGUUGUAAACUAUACAAGUAAGGAACUGAUCCACCCAGGUGAGCUGCAAUUAAAGAAAUUUCAAAAAAGAAGCCUGGAAGAAUACAGGCUCAGAUGGGAUUUGAAGUUGUGCCUUCCAGCUGCUUGCUUUUUUGUGCAUUACCAUAUGAUCUAAGAUGGCACUUGUUGUGAAUAAGGUAAAUUAAAUCAUGUCGUUUGUUCCCUUAAAGGAAUCUGUGAGGAUCAUUUAAUACUUGUAUAGUUUUCACAGGAUAAUAUCAUUUUUUUUAUUUAAUUGUGAGUUAUAAAUAUCAAUUGCAAGUUGUUUGGACCCACUGUACAGUGUGUAACUGUCUUUUUAUCACCUUUUUGUUUGCAGCCUCUUGUGUUCACCACAUUCUCAUUAGCUAAGGCUGAAGAGAUGGCCGACUUGAUUGAUGGAUACUGCAUGCUCUUUAGUGGAAACAAACAUUCGCUGGUCUUUAAGAAACUAGGUAAUGGUAAUAUUUCAUAGCCACGUAUACUAUGAUCCAACAAUUUAUAUUCUGUACCUCACCCAAACACCUGCAUACCAUCUCCACUUGGAGUUGUCUAUGCUAUUGAGUGUGCAGUCUUGAAAACAAAAAAUGGAGGAGAAGAUCAAGUGCUAACAGUUGCUUAUGUUCUUGCAGAUAUUGAGAGAUCUCUGCCAUCAAUUCCAAUACCAGCUUCUCCAAAAACUGAGGAAAAAAACAGGUAAUCAUAAGCUGAAUAAAAAUUUAUCUUCAGAGGCUCGUCAUAACUUCCUUCUCUCAUAAUGACUGAGGAAAUGAAGAGACACAGUAAUGUUGAAAUCAGUGCACAAGGGACAGUGAGGAGGGUGGUGGAUACAUGUAUUUUUGAAAAAAUACAAUACUUAAUUUUAGUCAUGUAGGAGGAUCCUUAAAUUGUUUUGCCAAUUGUGGGACAAUAUCAUCUCUCACUUGAAUAAAUGGUAAUUUAUGCAUAGUACUUUUCUUUUUCAGCCCAUCUAUUUUCUCACCAACCCUGAAACAAAACACGCAGACUUUGGGAAAUGAUUUUGCUGAGAGGAAGAACUCUGUUACCUCGCCUGUGCAGAGAAAAAAUGGAGGUAUGUUUACAUUUCACUGGAAUUCCUCAAAUUGAUUUUUUCAGUUCCAUUAGCACUCUAUUAGCAGGGGAAGAUUUUUUUUUUAACAUUUACUCAAAGAAUUGAAUAAAUGUGUUUGUAACUUCUCCUUCAAUUUCAUUAUUGAGUUAUCUGGUACAGGGAAUGGACAGACUUAUCAGUUAGUAGGUGUAGUCUCAGUGUAACAACAAAUUCUCAAAAAAAAAAAUUACUAAAAAACGAAGAGCACAAAUUUAAGGUUAAAGGGUUAAAGAAGGGUGUACAUGAUCAGGAGGUGUAAAAUUUCUGGUUUGCUAGUGGAAAUAGACCCUGACUUCCAUUCGUGUACUGUUUUCCUACAGGGUGUGCCUGCUUGUACAGUAUAGUUUCCUUGCUUCCUUGUUUCAUACUAAAAUUGCAAUAAACUUCAUGUGAAAGGAAAGGAGAAGUUUUGACAGAAAAAUACAACUGCCAGUUUUUCAUAUGCUGGGAUUACUUUACUAAGACAUGUAACGAUAUUGUCGAUGUUUUCAUUGUUGUAGAGUUUGAUGAUUAUGCUGAGAUUGUUGAUGAUGAUCCUGAUUAUGCCCAUCCUAUGGCAGGUAUGAAUGGUGUUGACAGUGUUUGGCUCUUUAUAGAAUUUGUUACUUUUUUUCAGUCUGUGUCUAAACUCACAUAGGAAAUUUGUUUGGAAAAAUAAUGCACAGCAAUUAAAUUUUGAUGACUGAAAAUCUAGUCACAAGGAAAUUAAUAUUGUGCAUAGGUAGUAUCACCUACUGCUGCUACUACUACUACUACUACUACUACUACUACUACUACUACUAAAACUUUAUUUGUCACCAUUAAAUUUUUUUUCUCUAUGAUUAUGUACAAUUUGUUUAUUAGACAGUGAUUUAAAAAUUGUUGGUAGACUAAGAUUUAAUUUUGUGUUGAAUCAAAUAAAAUCACUUUUAAAAAGUAAGGAUUUUUAGUAAAAUUUUUAACUCCCUGGAUGAUGAAAGAGUGAGUACUUAACUGAAUGAUUUGUUACACCCUAAAACCUAAAACUUUCACUUUUGGUCUUCUAUAAGAAUUUAUUGAACAUGUAGCUUUGUAAUGUAUUUUUUAUGUAGUACAAUCUUCAGAAUACUGCAUGGCAAACUCAAUUACUCUAACGUUUUUAAAACCUUCUAAACAGUUAUUGGUUUGAAAGAAAAUUGUGAUUAGAAUUGUCAGGGAGAGUGUAAAGUAAUGCAAAAUAUUCAUUCAUAACACUGUACCCUUCAUGAGCCAAAUUGGUAAAUUUAAAAGUCUUAUUGUAAAUCACAACUUCACCUCCUGUCAAGCUCUAGAUUUUGUCAAUUCUUAAAUAAAAACAGAACAAGCAAAGUUCUUAUUCUAAUUGACUCUCUUUUGUAGAAGAGAUUGUAUAAUAACUUAAUGAGCUAAUUCUUUGAACUAGUGAAAUACUUUAAGACUAGAUAACCUUUAAAAGAUAAUGCAUCCGUGUUUGAAAUGACUCCAAUACACAGUACUGGCUGCUGCACGUGUAGCGGUUGCAAUGUCCAGCCGAAGUUCUCUGGUUAUUAAUAGGAGACCAGGUAAAAUAACAAAAACAUAAUUUAUUUUUGACAUAAUUUUUGAUAAAUGUUACAGUGUAUUUUAAAUUGUCUUUGAUAACUGUGAUGGCUGACGAAUGACUGUGGAAUGACUGAGUGGAUUUCAGUAACAAUUUUAAUGCUGCCAAAAGUAUUGUAAAGAGAAAUUACUUUCCUUUUAAUUUGUAUUUUAAAGAUCAAUGUUGUAUUUGUUUUGGAUAAUACAUGUACCCUGGAGGUAUUUUCUGUUAAAAAAUUUAUACCAAGACUUAAAGAUUUCAUAUAUUUUAAACUCCAAAAGAAAGAAUAAUCAUUCUGAACUUUCUUUUUCAUGAUGUAUCACAGUAAAUGGUUUGAACCUAGGACUAACAUGUAAUCGUGUAGUCUGAUCGGCUGGUUGUGGGAAGUCCUCAGAAAGACAUGUGACUCUGAUGAUGACACCCACUUAGGAUGUCAAAAUGUCAGUCACUACUACUGACCACAGUCCUUCUCAGGACAACCCUCACCUGGACAGUCAGGCUAAACUUUCUCAUUAGGUAUCGUCUCUAAACAGUUAACCCUUUAAACCCUGGGAGUGACCAGCAUCUAAUUUCUCCUUACAGUAAUAGGGCAGAAUCAUUCAUUAAGGCCAUGAGAAUAAAGGAAAUGAUCGCCACUCAAAGAAGUUUUGAUUGUUACACAAAUUCUCCUUGUCAGUACUAAAGUAAACGUAUAGAGAAGAGAAUGGAGAAUAUGGAUACUGAUGUUAGGGUGUAAAGGGUUAAUUCUGGCCAUGUAAUUGGUCUUACUAAUGGCAUAGGAAAAACCCGACCCCGCACACAAGGCCUUUCUUUCUUUGAUCAAGAGAGUGAAAUAACAUGGCUCUUACCUUUAAAAGGUUUGAGACAGUGUAGCUUCAGAGACUAAGAUGGGUCAAAACAUUUUCAGCAUCAUUGAAUAAAAUUAUUCUUUGUAAUCCCUAGCCAAAGAUUAUCAAAUUCCCCGGACAAAGUUGAUUUUGGAGACGAUAAUAGGACAGGGUCAGUUUGGAGAUGUACACAGAGGAACCUUCAUCAGUCCAGUGAGUGAUGCGCUCUCUAAGAACUUGACAGAUAACCGACGUUUGGAUUGAUUUCAGAUUUACAGAUUACAAAAGAGUGCUUUACUUUUAUUAUCAUUGUACCAUGGCCACUGCUGAAUUAUACCUAAUGUUUUGUUUCCACCAGGAUGAUCCUAAUUUACAAGUGGCUAUUAAAUCAUGUAAGAAUCCGGAUUCAAGGGAGAAAUUCCUGGAAGAGGCAUGUGAGUAUCAACUGUGUCAGUCUGAACAAAAGGGAAGUUCGAAAAAUGUAAACAGUAACCUUUUGAAGUUGUUUUCAUUAACCGAUAAUUGAUCUUUAGUGUGGAAUAAAUAAGACCUGAAACACGAGUGUUUGACUCUUUUUUCUUCUUGACAAGGUUGACAAGGGCGUAGUUAGGGGGAAGGGUCCUGGGGUGCCAAUAGCCUCCCCUCCCUUGUGAGCCUUUUUUUGUCACAUUAAGUAAAACACAGCGUGAAGGUCAACAUGACAAUCUGUUGAGUAACCUGUAUUUGACACUGUGUGAACGCCCUGACUACUCCCCUGGUUGAUGGUAACUAAACUCAAUGAAUUUGGUUAUUUACAUUUUAAAGUUUUUGAUUGUAAUUUCUUUCUCAGAUACAAUGAAGCAGUUUGAUCACCCGCACAUCAUAAAGCUCAUUGGCGUGUGUACGGAUGAAGAAUUUUACAUUGUAAUGGAACUGGCUGCAUAUGGAGAGGUAACAGUGCUUCUUUCCUUCACCUAUGUCAUUACACCGGCAUGUGAUAUAAACCCUAAAGAAACGUGCCCCUCGACAGUCAAUCGACCGUUGACUUUUAGUCGGUCGACUUUUGUCCGACAGUGAACCCUACAGAUAGCCCAGCGAACAAUUGACAGGCAGUUGGUCAAAAGGCAACCAACAGUUGUCUGACAGCUGUCCUACAGUUGACUGUUACUAGGCAGUUGAUAGACAGUUGAUGGAUUGUCAGUCGACAUUCAAACGACAGUGAUUCGGCAGUUGAUCGGCUGUCGGUCAAGUGUCGCCCAAUGGUUGCCUGACGCCUUGGCCUAUUUGUUGGUUAGACAAAAGUCGUUACCAUCCCUCUGCCGUUUGUUACUAUAGAGGGGAUAGCAUCUUUGUACUGUAUGUAAAAAAAGUGGUGUCACUGAACGUCACGGGCGCGUUUCUGUCUCUGCGUGAAGUGACUACUCCUCAUGAACGAUAUACUACUUCUAUCAAAGAUCAAACAAUAUCUUUAUAGUUUCUCUCUCCUUCCCCGGGAAUUCUUAUGUCUAUAACGUUAUCGUUUACUCAACCUUCAACCCAAAGAAUUUUCCUCUGACAAGAUUUCCCAUGAUAGAUUUUUGUCAACCAGAAAUGUUUUAGCGCUGCAUCAUGUGAUAUUUCAAUUUAGGUACUGCAUUUUGUUGCUAAAAGAUGUCAAGACUUGAUUGGUUAAGAUGUCUCUUGGACUGUUAUAGUAAUAGAUUUGUUUUGUUUGCUUUUAGAUGAGAUCGUAUCUUCAGAAGAGCAGACACUCCAUUAACCUAGAAACACUACUUAGUUACAUUUUUCAACUUAGUACGGCCAUGUCAUACCUUGAGAGCAAGAAUUUUGUACACAGGUUAGCGUUUGCUUCAUGAAAUUUACUCACGCAACGGUUUCGGCGUUGCUGAUCGUAGCAAUGCGCAGGCGCGUCACAUAUGAACCGGGUACUAAAAGGGGCAAGUUUGUAAAGAAACUGUGGUGCUGCAUCGAUGGGAGAGUAUAACAGCGUGAUUUAGCAUCAUCAACUGAGUUGAUAACGUAAAUUGGCCACCGUAAAGAAUUUAAAAUCUGACGUUUCGAGCGUUAGCCCUUCGCCAUUCGCUUAGACGAAGGGCUAACGCUCGAAACGUCAGCUUUGACACUCUUUACGGUGGCCAAUUAAAGUUAUCACAGUUGAUGAUACUAAAGUACCCUGUUGAAUCGGGUGAUAGCCGAGCUAGCCAAGUGAGUGGUGGGGCAUCGGUGUUGUGCAUUGGCAAAUAACGUGACUUAAUCAAAUGCGUUGCCACUAUUUUCCUGAAACCUUGGUGGCGGCUAUAAACAAAGUACAAUUUUAGUAAUGUUAUUAGGGACCGAUUCUGGUAAUAAAAGAACGCUACAGAACUUUUCACUCAGUUCAGAAAAUUAAGAGGUUUUGAUAGUUCAUGCUUCAAAUUAGAAAUCAUAUUUUACAGUACUCGUAAGAGAUGAGUGGCAGCAUUGUUUAAAGUAACCGUAGGUAAGUUUUCAACAUUUUUGUUGCUUAGAAUUUCUCCUUCUUAUCCGAUUCUUUUUUUUUUUUUAUCAGGGACAUAGCAGCUCGUAAUGUCUUGGUAUGUACGCCUAAAUGCGUCAAACUAGCAGACUUUGGUCUGUCAAGAUGGGUCGAUGAACAGGCUUACUACAAAGGUAAGGAUAAAAAUGCAGUGAACCAAAAUAUACCAAAUUUAUCGGCUUCAAGACGAAGAAAGAGAAGGACAUCAGAUUUCUUAUAGCUUGCUUCUUUUUUUAUCCUGGGAUACGUUUGAUGCGAGUGUAAGAUUCACCUCGCUUUACAUAUUCUUUGUUACAGCUUCAAAGGGUAAACUGCCAAUCAAGUGGAUGGCUCCAGAAUCAAUUAAUUUCAGGAGGUUUACAACCGCUAGCGACAUCUGGAUGUUUGGUGAGUGAAUUUCAUUGUCUAAUGGUAUAGGUGGCGGGAACGGGGAAAGCUUCGGUUUACUACAGUUGUUGUUAGUUGUUUGCGCUUGGAACAACAAACCGAAAUGGAGAAAAUCCUGCUUAAAGUUGGUUUCAGUGAUUGACAUGAGUAUGACUCGUGUCAUGUGAAUUUUUUUGCGCGAGAAGCACUUAAAAAAACUCUUGCUGCGAAGAUCGUGAAGUCACGCAUUCAGCAAGCUCAGGUGACAUCUCCAAGCGGUACUGCUAGCAAUGCAUGCUUUGAAAUAGCUAAUUACGGCAUGCAGCGUGCGUGAGGUCAUAAAUCGCGAAAACUCUAACUGUGAAAUUGUCUUUCAGGUGUGUGUAUGUGGGAAAUCCUCAUGUACGGUAUCAAACCCUUCCAAGGUGUUAAAAAUAAUGAGGUGAUUGGCAAAAUAGAGAAUGGAGAGCGACUUCCCCUCCCUCCUAACUGCCCACCCUCUCUGUACCACAUUAUGUUUGAAUGCUGGUCUUAUGAGCCCUCUAAGAGACCGGUCUUUCAGGAUCUCAAGACGCGUCUAAGGUAAGUCACUUUACAUCUUAUAGUGUGAGUUAAAAUUUAUUUUUAAAGUAAUCCGCGAUGGCUUUGGUUUUGCUUUACUUCGCUGUGUGAUUGGUCCAGAAAACUCGCGCCACUAUCCCAACCAAUAAGAUUUAAAACUAAAACCGAUUGCCACUUGGUCGCUUGCGUUUUCCCGCGCUACAAGCAGUUAAUCCAUCUUUGUUACGUGUCUAGUGUAAUCGUCCAAGAAGAAAGAUUUCAGGCAGAUGAAAAAGUCAGAAGGGAAACUCGAAGAAUACAGGCGCUGUCGAUGGGUGAGUGAAUAUGUCUCUUCUCAGUCAUAUUCAUUAACACAAACUGCUUUCCAUCUAUUGAAAGUUUUGUUGCGGUUAUAGAAAUAGAAAAUGCCACCAUGUUCAGUUUAAAAUGCAUACCCUUUUUCACACUCGAGCAUCAGUAAGCAUAUUCUCCAAACUGUCAUAUUUACAAUUCCUAUGGUUCUGAUAAGGAGAAUUUGUGCAACAGUCAAGAGCUUCUUUAGGAGGAGAUCAUUCCUUUAUUCUCAUAACCUUCAUGUUUGAUUCCAAAGUAAUAAUGUAGUGAGAAAUUAGGUUCUUGUCUCCCUUGGAUGACGAUGGGUUUAUCUGAGACUUUUGGAAAGUCUCAAUGGCGGCUUUCCUUACCAAUAUGUCUUAAUUCGCAGCUCAAUUUUUACCAGAAGUUAGCGAGUACUGCCUGUAACUGUGCACGGGCGAUUUCCAUCCAAUAUUGUUCUUGUUACUUUUUCUUGUGUCUGUCUAACAGGAGCCAUACAAGACUCUGUCGCCCCACCCAAGGUACAGAUGUUUUAUUCAACUUACAUUACUCAGUUCCUGAGAAUCCAUUUUGUGCUAAAUAGUCUUAAACGAUAUACACCUAAUUUCUAUAACAUUGUCAAUGAAAAGUACGAAAAGAAAAAACCAAAUACAGAAUAAUUACCGUACGUGUUUCCUUCUGAGGAACGUACCAGUUAUAAAAACAUAUGCCAUAAAAUUUCUGUUAUGUUGAUUUUAAAGUCUUGGUUUCUUGUAUAAUUUUACACAUAGGUCAUUGUCAAAAAAGAACGAUGUAAAGAUAAUGGAUGGGAUUAGGAGUAUGUCUGAAAUAAUAUGCAGUGGUUUUGAAAUCGUUUUAUUUUAAUCUUAACCCCUCUAUCAGGGGUUGCUGGCGGUCUUCCGCCGCCCACAAAACCUCUUACUGCCGUCUGUUGAGCCCGCGAGCAGGCUCUCCUUUCGCCGUAUAGCCCUUUUCUGGACACACCCGUUUAUUACACUUUCGGCGGCUGCUUAUGGAAAAAGUUAGCGAGACCCCUGCCUCUAUCUCCCUUGCUUAGUGAUUAUCCCUUGAAAGAGGAACAUUGCAAUAUCAGAACCCUUAAGCUGAUAUUAUACUUGGUCCAAAAGGACGUCGUGAACGUUUUUUUCUCCUUGUACCUUGAAAUUGGACGUCAAAUUUUUAGGCAAAAUUUAGAGAAGUCGCUAAAGAAUUGUCAAAGAACAUGGACAACAUUCCCAUGAUCUGUUGUUUUAUUCAGAAUUAAAAUUCUACAGCCCCCGCAUGGAGAAUAUUCCUACUAGCUUUUUGUAUGCGUUUUUGUUGGGUAACUUCAGAUCAUUCAUUCUUAUGACCAAGCCUAUGUUUUAAAGAACAAUAAGAAAAGAUGAGAGACUACAGUGCAAUUCAUUCGUUUUAGAAAGGCAAUAAAAAGAAGGUGGUAUUACUUGUUUCCAGUGUGCAGACACUGUUGUUCCAAAGUAGCGAGGGCAUUCGCUUUUGUGUUUGAAAUACAUUGCAUAAUGGAAGCUUUAUAGCUAAAACUUUGCGACUUUGUUGGAUUAUGUUUAGCCCUCAAGACCUGGGAUCCAGCCAUCUUUUGUACAAAUCCCUACUGGUGCGGCUCAAUCCUCGGCAAUGUCAACAUUUGACAGCAGUAGAGGAGUAACAAGUCCGAGAGGUAGGUUGGGUCCGAGUGUGUUUCAACCAGUGAUUCUUUACACCCUUCACAAUUAUCUUGCUUAUUUGAUUUCUUAUCACGCCCUGCUGAGGGCGUUUUAUCCUUGAAUUACGAAUGAAACGUUUAAAGAUAGCAUAUCAAUAAGAGGCAAAAGCUGUGGGAAUUGAUUUUUAAAGGAGGUGACUAUUUUUAAAGUAAAAGUCUCCUUUCAGAUUAGUAUCGAUAUUUGACUAAAUACCUUCAUUCUGUAAUCCUUUAAGGGUCAACUCUGCCAGCUCAGUACCCUGGGAAUCCAGGAUCACCCAGAUCUCCUCGUUCACCACAGUCUCCAUCGUCCCCUUCCCGGACGCUCCCAAGGAACUUCAAGUCGUACCACGAGGCCAGCGGUGUCCACGCAUUGCUGGAGCAGCCAUAUCGGAAUUCUAUUGGUGGGAGUCAAACCUUACCGAAAAAUUAUAAAGCGACCAGUCCAGUAACGAGUCCUCUUGGGAGUCCAACGAAAUCCAGAGAUGCCGUUAUUGAUUUACCGGUAGGAGAAGCUGAAGCUUGAUUGAAGGGUUUUCGUGUAAAGUGCAAGUUUAGAGAAGAAAUCUUAAAAAUUUACAUAUUGGGAAGCUUUCAUAUUGAAAGUCUUCAAGAAGUCUUUUCAAGAAAAAUUGGUUCGUACCGUGUGUACUCUUGCGCGGAGCCAACUCCACUUGUUUGAUAUUUCUUUGAUUUGCGCGUCAUUUACUUUUGUCGCUCUCUCCAAGCUUAAUCCCUCGCGUAAGUCAAGCAGGAAAAAAUUAAUUGGUAUCACGCGAACUCUCGCGCGGAGCCACCUUCGUUGCUACUUUAUGUUUGAAUUUGGUAGUACCUAGUUUUCCUUUAUUCCUCUUUCACGCUUGCGCACUGUCUCUUUAAGAAGGAUAUCACUUGCUUAUAGCCGUUCACGUCUGACAUGCUAAAAUCUAAGUAUUUAGGACAAUCACUCAUUUGUUUCGCACAGAGUGACGAGGAACUGAAACGACGAGAAGAUGCUGAAAGAGCCCACAUGGAAAUGAGAGAGCGGGCCAUGUUUCGACAAAGACUUCGUCAGCAACGCCUUGAAUCAGAGGCAGAUUCCAAAUGGCUUCAACAAGAAGAGCAGAACAUUGAGCUCCCCUUUUCACCGGUUCGUGUUAUGGCUUUAACUCGCGCAAUCACCAAGAUAUAUCUUCUAAUGAAGUAGUUUUUAGUUGUCUGUCGAGAAAAACGAACUAAAUAAUUCACAAUAGCAAAUUGUAACAAAAUAAACACCAUCAUCAGCCAAUCAGAACUUUGACACGAGGUGGCCGGGAUGGCAAUUCUGGUUGGAAUUGUCUGAUUCAAGUGUUCGAUGUAUACCCUUUGUCUAAACAACUAGCAGGACUACCACGCCAAUUUUACUUUUAAUUAUUGUAGAAGAUUUUCAGCGGUGGUGUUUUGUUCAUGCAGCCUCGUUUUUCCCUUCAGGUUCAGCAAUCACCCAAGAGUCCUAACUUCCUCUCCCCUGAGGACGGAGUUUCGGCGGCGGUAGAAUCAUACAACCCGCGUGGAUCAGCGUCAUUCAUCGAACAGCGCCAAGCAGCUAAGGAAUGUAAGUUUGGCGUAGUAACUCUCUCCUUUGCUUUACAAGGUAUCAUUCAGUUUAAACUUGGGAAAGGAGAAGAAUAAUCUGAAUGUCAAGUAGAAUAUCUGUUGUUCCGUUUACUUUGAGGUACAAAGGGAAGAUUUAUAUAUCAGGCUACUGUUAUGAUGGGUAAUUUAGUGUUAACAACUGGGUUGAAAACGUAAAUUAGCCACCGUAAAGGGUAAAAAAGCUGACGUUUCGAGCGUUAGCCCUUCGUCAGAGCGAUUAGACGAAGGGCUAACGCUCGAAACGUCAGCUUUUUUACCCUUUACGGUGGCUAAUUUACGUUUUCAACCCAGUUGUUAACACUAAAUUACCUGCUAUACUCUCCCACCGACGCAGCACCACAGUUUCUUUAGAAACUUACCCCUUUACUGUUAUAAUGCCCCGGGGUUGAGAUGAGAGGAGGGAUGAGGGGGGAAUAUGAGUGGAGCUCCUCAGGUGUUCCGCUGAGAAUAGGUUCUUCCCUUUUCGGGCUAGACUUUAGAAAAGGAUAGGAUUUCACAUGUUGAGGUAUAUGAAUGCUGUCAUUAGGUGUUUGACAAGGUCUAGUGGCUGAGCGAUUUAAUAAGUAAGCUGCGGGAGUAACAGAGAAAUAUUAGUGCAAUUUCGCUCUCUUAUUCACCAAGAUUAUGGCUGCUUUUGCCUCUGCUUUGUCACCACAAUGUGAAGCAGAGGUUAAGAAACAGGUACAUCUUUUCAUUCUAGAAAGGCAGGGAAAAGUAAAAGACGAAGGGGUUUUCGGUCUCUAGUGGUCUUAACGUGAGUUAGUGUUUGGACCUCGCCACGGAUAGUCCUCUUGCACAGCUUUUUUUUUAAAUACCUUCUUCUUCCCUCUCAUAUCACAGCCUUUCGUGUACACUUCAUAAUAGAUUUUGUCUCCUCAGAUCACAGUACCCCGGUGGAUCCACCGAGCCAUCAGGCUGCUACAAUAGCCGAUACAGAUAUGAAUGAAACAGUAAGUAUUAGCCAGCAGUGCAAGAGUCUUGUUAGGGAGAGCUAACGUUUUCUUUGUUAAUCUUCUACGAUGAGAAAAAGUUAGAGUUUGACAAUUAGUUUCCUCAUCUCAUGUACAUUCAUCUAUAUUAGCAAUUUUUCAUUUUCAUAAUAAUUUACCGAAGUAAGUGAAAAUCGUGAAAUUUGGACUCAAUCGUGGACUUGUGGAGAUUACUGUAGCCUGCUUAGGUGGUCUGGGACGGAAGAUUCUUUUUCCUCGGCGGCAUUGCCUCCAUGCUCAUCACUUAGCGCACAAAAUUGUAAAGCGCAAAAAAAAUUGUAAAGCGCACUUGAAACUGCUACCUAUGCUGGCUAAGAUUUUCACUACUGAUCGUUUCGUUUUCAUUUUGUCAUAGACUGUAUUGACGCAGAGAGAAGAAGAUCCCAGAGAAGACCGCUCCACAGACACUGUGUUCAUUAACACCACUCAUGUGGUGCAGGCUGUUAUUGGUCUCAACAAUGGCUUACCAUUUGCCCGGUGUGAAGAUUACCCUACCUUUGUUAAGGUAUAGAACACCUUGUUUUAAAUUUUCACAUGUUGUAUACGCUCGUUGCGUUUCACGGCGAAGGGAAGACACCACACCCCCUCCUAGCGGGAUGUGAGAAGGUGAAAGUGAAUUAGGUCUCGCUCCAAUCUUUCGAGACUUCAUACGCCACUUAAGGUUAUGCCGCUUGAAUAAAUCUAAAGAAAGGCCAUACAGUGAAAGAGCCUAAUCUCCCUGUCUAUUGCAGCCAUGGAAUUAUUUGUUGCUCGAGCAUCUUUGUUAUUGCGCGUAAUUUUUAUCUUGUUCCAUUAUUUCCGCACAAUACCAAGAGCUGACAUGGCCUCUCUUUCCCGCAGGCAAUCGGUCUUUCGCUCAGAGAUUUACUAGCACGCGUUGACGAAGAAAUUCACAGAUUAGAUCCGUCAUCCCACAAGGAAGUAAGUAUGAACUUGAGAGAAAGAUUUUUUCAUUUUGUCACGAGCGUGGGACAAAGAAAAAAUUCCAAGUCCCCAUGAGGAAUCGAACCUCAGACCUUUGUUCUACCACUGUGCCACAGAGACUCUACGGUGAGUGAGGUCUGUUACGAAGUUUAUAUGACACGCGUCCUGCAUACUGCUAGGAUCAGCAAUGUCAAUAACAUGACGUUAUCGUCAUGGAGAAAAGGGGAAAUUAGCUAACGAGCACACCACGCUCGGCGAAAGACACCAAGACUCUCGAACUUUUUUUUUCGGCGUUAUUUACUAACUGGGUUCUCCAAUUCUACUUACUUCCAGUUUUACCUCACUCUGUGUAAUUCUGGUUAAUCUCUUAGGCUGUCACACUUUGAUUCUCUCUGACUUGUGCUGCUAAGAAAUCACUUCAACUACGGAAUUCUGUCUAUGCAACUCUGCACACUGUCUACAUUCUUCCCACUCUCUCCUAAGUAAGCUCUAAAGAACAUGCUUAUAUAGCCAGCUGGCUGACCUUUCACGAGAUUUUCGAAAUGAACAACAAAGUUCUUAAUCAUGAGGCUUCCGAUGAAUUGAAUCAACCUCUGACUGCGUUAUCCAUAACAAGAACUUUCGAGUGUGUCCAAAACAAGGUCAGCGGCAGACAACCUAAACACGUCCACCUAUAGAGGUUAGACAAAGCUGUCACAAUUCGGAAGCUCGUCACGACAGCUCCAACCCAAAUAACUUCGGAAUUCAAAUUCACACAUUACAUACAUUUUAGGUAUAAACGAAAUAUUAGACCAUACUAAACUAACUAAUUAACUAAUUAUAAACUAACCGAAUACUUCAUAUCGCUGUUAAGAAAAUCAGGAUAAAUGACCCUUUGGAAGAACAGUCAGCGAUGUUAGUAUUAGUCAGUUUGACUUUGAUUAAGCGUUCCAGAUUCGGUCCAGGAUUUGAGCCUUUGUAGGGGUCAUUGAUGCGCGCUGUUGGGAACGACCGCGUCUCUUGCCAUACAAAGAGUGCUUUUGAGUUGUAAUUGACCAGUGAGGGGUGGAGUGGGGGAGUGUAAUUGACCUGUGUGGGGUGGAGUGGCGAAGUGGUAUUGACCUGUGUGGGGUGGAUUAGGGGAGGGUAGCUCGGAAUGGACUAGCAUCCUACAUAGAGGGGACGUUCGAUUUGGCUCCUUCAUGUCCAGAGGACAGGAUCUGAUGUCAGGUCGAGUCUAACCAUUUGUGCGCGUUUUAAUUUUUUUCCCUUCCUGUUCUAUUUUAGGUGGAAAUGGCCCACAAAGUGCUCUCCUCUGACAUGGCUGAGCUGAUCAACUCCAUGAAAAUGGCGCAGAAGUACAGCACUACUACACUGGACCAGGAAUACCGCAGAGGGAUGUUGUCUGCUGCGCAUGUGUUGGCUGUUGACGCCAAGCAUCUGUUUGAUGUUGUGGAUGAAGCCAGGAAGCAGUCUGCAAAGUUGUCAUCCAGCGCCUAAUUACACUUAGGCGUGAAUUACGUUCACGAAACUUGGGCACAACGUGGAUAUUUUAUUCGGAAUAUCUCGGUACGUGUCAGAGGAACUUAAUAAAUCGAAGGAUGAAAAAGAACGCCUUCUAAGGAGCAGAUAACCUCGUCUUUUACUUAGCUACAUGGAGUAAAAUAUACUGCGCUGCAGCUUUAAAGAAAGGAUCGUUUCAUGAGAAGAUUUAAGGAUCUUCAAUUGACUCUGCGAUAACAUGGCGGAUUGAAAAACCCUGUGAGAUGCUUUUGUUGACUUUUUUUCAUGUGCUGUGAAAGAGCAUGUUUGGCAAAUGACUUGUGGAGUGACACGUUGAUUUGAGUGUCAUGCUCAACAAUUUGAUAAUUCAGCUGUUGUGUUCGACCAAUAGUUGUUGUUCUUGGUUUGUGAGCUGCCUGUGUUCAUGGAUAUCUUCUUUCUUGGCCGCUUUGUGGACUUAUGCCAGGGAAGUCGAACACCCACCUGCCUUUCAAUUACCAAAUUUUUAUACUUUUUAGAAACGAUGAAAGAAAUUUGUAAUGCUGCGAAGCUGCGCACUUUGGCCGACUAUUUGAACUAAGGGCUAUAUAUUUUGGACCAUCGACUUGAGAUUUUUUUAGAAUUACUUAAAGUUUACUCUAUUAAGGGACUUCUGAAUUUCUUCUCUUCUACAGCUUUUGCCUGUAAGGGUAUUUUCUUGUGGUAUGAAAUU